CACCCACCCACCCAUCCAUUCACCCACCCACUGACGCACAGUCGCCGGAAUUUCUUGACGCACGGCAAGCCUCACCUGUCCAGAUCGCAAGUCAAUUCCUUCACCAUGGACAGCCAACAACCCCCGAUCGAUAACCAAGACUUACCCGCGGGCCCACGCAAACCUCAAUCCCUAUUCAAGGCCCUCAACCUGGACAAACUAUUCGAAUCGGACGCGCCCCCGCGUCUCGGAAUCAACCUCGAAGAUCGUCUCUCAUACACACUCACUUCCGCCUUCUGUGCGGGUAUGGUGAUCGGGUUUUCGCACGGCAAAAAGCUCGCGGGCUACCAGUUCCGGGCGGAGAACGCGCAUCGGUUUCCCUCGUCGACGCAGGGGUGGUUCCAGUAUCACAAGACCAAGAACUAUGUGUCUCUGCUUGGGGGCAUGAAGGAAGGGGCAAGGAUGGGGGCGAGGUUGGGCAUUGGAGCUACGGUGUUCUGUCUUUUUGAGGAGACGGUGGAUUAUGCCCGCCACGAUCGGAGGGAUUUCCUGUCUACCGUUACGGCGGGGUUGUCGCUUUCAGGUCUUUAUAGCUUGAUGGCUCGGCACGAUGUCUAUACGGCGGCUCGGACAGCGAAGCUUGGUUUGAAAGCAAGCUUGGUGUAUGGGGUUUUGCAGGAUGCUUUGGAGUUGUCGAAGGGCAAUCGUCCGGCCUACAUGGAAUUUUUUUUGGGAAGCCGCCCGUCUAAGCCGGAGUGAGCAAGUAGGGAGCUGUGUUAAUCGCUUCUGAAUGUCUGCAUGGGGCGACCGGCUCUGUCAUGGAGUUUAUUCACCCUGCUACCCCGACCUUGCGCGGCGCAAUAAGCGUCCUUUUGGUACGAGUGAGAGCUUUUGCUCCUCAUGGAUACAAGUGUGAGCAUAUGGAUGGGAAUUGCCAGGGCCUUUGUGCACAA